UCAUUGGCUGAGAGGAGCCGAGGUGUUUGGCCAAGAUGGCGGCGCUGGGUUCGCCUCUCCGUACCUUCAGAGGUCUGCUGCGCGAGCUCCGCUAUGUGCAAGGUGGCCGCUCCUACCGGGAGACGGAGGCUUACCGAUAUCUGAAGGAAGCCUUCCGCGCCCACCGGGUAACCAGUGAAAAAUUAUGCAGGGCCCAGCAUGACCUACAUUUCCAGGCUGCCACCUAUCUCUGUCUUCUGCGUAGUGUCCGAGAACACUUAGCAUUGCAUAAGGAAUAUCAUAGCAAAGGAGAAAUGUCAACAAAGGAAGCAGCUGGUCUAGUAGGCCUUAAACUGCCACAACAGCCUGGAGGGAAAGGAUGGGAGCCGUGAAUAUAACAAGAUUUGUUCUUCCUGAGAAUGCUAUAUUGAGUCUUCUUUUUGAAGACACAUUUGUUCAAAUAAAAAUACUUGUAUGAAAUAUAGGACUCUUAACCAGAAA